AUCAAACGUUUUGCUCCUCGCAUGUCACAUGACCCUUUGACUCGGAAGGCGGCAGGUUGCGUGGUUGAAACAGAACCAACAAACUGAAAGUACCAUUAGCCAUGUGGCUGGACUAGAGACACAGUGAUGCCAGCUGUAGAGCAUGUCCGUCUGGGUAGGAAGCGCACCUUGCCCCCGUGCCCAAACCCUCUCUUCCUCCAGUGGCUGUCAGAGCUACGGGACCAGGCGGCAGAGAAGGGACAGAAGACACAGUACGUUUAUCAGAAGGCUAUCAGCUCGUUGAAGAAGUACCCCCUCCCCCUCCAGAACGCUCGAGAGGCUAAGAUUUUACAGAACUUUGGAGACGGAAUCUGCAAGAUACUGGAUGAGAAGUUACAGAGGCAUUACAGAGAGAACGGUCCGGACGCUCCCAUCCACUCCCUUCCCAGCGGUGUGACGGUGGCCCCUAGUCGCCGUAGCAACAAUAACCUGGCUCAGCCCACCAAACAGCCCUCUAGGAAAGAGAGGGAAGGAGGGAGGAGGAAAAGGGAAUACGUGCCCCAGAAGAGGUCUGGUGGAUAUGCUGUCCUGUUAACACUCUACAGAGAGUCUCAGGUUCCUGGGGGUAAGGGCUUUAUGUUUAAACUGGAGCUACAGGCUGAGGCCCAGCAUCUGUCUGACAAGUCCUUCUCUGUGCCUGAUCUAGGUAGUAAAUACACAGCCUGGUCCUCAGUGAGCACACUGAUACAGAAAGACUUGGUCCAGAAGACACACAACCCCGCCAGGUAUUCUCUGACUGAGCUGGGUUUGGCCCUGGCACAGAGACUAGAGGACGGAGAGAGAGAACAAGAAGAGGACAGGAGGAGUGACGUGAGGGAAGCAGAGGAGGGAAGUGGGCCCGGUGUUGUUGAUCUUACUGCCGAGGAAGAUGAGAAAAAGAAGAGAAUAGAGCCCAUAGCGGGGCCUACCCCGGCAGCCUAUGUUGCCCAGAGAGGGAGUGAGGUGCCUGGGGUAAACUCCUCAGAAAAGCCCCAGGCUGCAGAGACAAAGACUAGGCCGGCUGGAGGCUGUCUGUACCCAGGCAGUUAUGACAUUGUGCUAUGUGUGGACUUCAUUGAGACUACUGGGGGCAACACGGCCUGUAAGCAGGAGCUGGUGAAGGAGCUGCAGAGGAACGGCGUAACCUUUGACGUCAGGAAGUUAAACGUAGGUGACUUCCUGUGGGUGGCCAAGGAGAGGGUCGCUCCCGUGUCAGGUCAGUUGCGUGCCCCCCCAAGUAGGGAGCUGGUCCUUGAUUACAUCAUCGAGAGGAAGAGGAUGGACGACUUGUGUGGUAGCAUCAUCGACGGACGAUUCAGGGAACAGAAGUUUCGUCUGAAGAGGUGUGGUCUACAGAAGCCCAUCUACCUGGUGGAGGAGUGUGGCUCUGCUGCUGCUCACCUGAGUUUACCUGAGACCACGCUGCAGCAGGCUAUAGUUAAUACGCAGGUGGUAGAUGGCUUCUUUGUGAAGAGAGUCCAGGAUGUGAAGGAGUCUGUAGCCUACCUCACUGUCAUGACCCGAUACCUCACCAAGCUAUACCAGAACCGUACGCUGGUCUGUCGCUCCAGGGAGCUGGAGGGGGAUGGACAGGACGAGGAAGAGGGUGGAGGGAGGGAGAGAGAGGACCCCUCCUGUUCUCUCAUCUCCUUCCCAGAGUUCAACCAAGGAGCUGUCAAGAACAAGUGUCAGACAGUGAGAGAGGUGUUUGCCAGACAGCUGAUGCAGAUCUCUGGACUAUCUGGUGAUAAGGCUGUUGCUAUACUAGAGCACUACAGUACUUUACACAGUCUGUUGAAAGCAUAUGAGCAGUGCCCCAGCGACACAGAAAGAGAGAAACUACUCUCCUCCGUCCGAUAUGGAAAACUGAAAAGGAACUUGGGUCCAGCUUUGAGUCGCACAGUCUACCAGCUCUACUGUACGAAAGGAGCACUGUCAUAGACACACUCUCGCUCACUCACCACAACACACACACACACCUCUACAAUGUAGUGUUUAAAAUACUUUGUUCCUUUGUCAUUCCCUGCCAAGGUAAACCUAUAUGUAAAUGCUGCUAUUGUUGUGCUUUUUUUAACUAUUUUCUAGUCAAGUGCGGCAGUGGGUAGCCUAGUGGUUAGAGCGUUGGACUAGUAACCGAAAGGUUGCAAGAUCGAAUCCCCGAGCUGACAAGGUACAGAUCUGUCGUUCUGCCCCUGAACAAGGCAGUUACCGUUCCUAGGCCGUCAUUGAAAAUAAGAAUUUGUUCUUAGCUGACUUGCCUAGUUAAAUAAAGGUUAAAUAAGUGAAAAGAAAAAAGUAUUUUAAAAAGUUCUAGAAAUUAUGUUUAAGAAUGAAUAAAAGUCUUGGCUGUAGUUUGGAGAAAUAUUAUGUGUUGUUGUCACUGUUAUAAAUGGAUGUGUUACCCAUAACACCCAAAGAUGUUCCAGUUUAUCACAUUAAAGCAUUUUAAAACAGCCCUAAUUGUACAAAACAUUAGGUACACCUGCUCUCCCCAUGACAUAGACUGACCAGGUGAAUCCAGGUGAAAGCUAUGAUCCCUUAUUGAUGUCACUUGUUAAAUCCACUUCAAUCCGUGUAGAUGAAGGUGGAGGAGCAGUGGCGACACGUCAUUCUGUUUUCAGCCCUGCCUUUUUUAGCUUAGGGGGGGAAAAGGCCUGUUUUUUAAUGUAAUUUUGGCAUCGAUACGUGUGUCACAUAUCAGUUUGCAAAGAAUGUAAACAAUGUAAUAAAGCUGUAUACAAA